AUGUCUGCAAAAUGGGAUGCUAGAUAUCUUGGACCCGUUCCUCAUGACGCCGCGUACUACUCAAAAUGUAUGCUCGGUGGUAUCCUGGCUUGCGGUAUCACGCACGCCGGUAUCACUCCCUUGGAUGUUACCAAAUGUAACAUGCAGGUCAGCCCCGCGAAAUACACCGGUCUUGGGUCAGGCCUCAAGCUCCUCCUGAAGGAGGAGGGUUCCAAUGGUAUCUGGAAAGGCUUUGGUCCCACGUUCGUCGGCUACUCGCUCCAGGGCAUGUUCAAGUACGGUUUGUAUGAAGUCUUCAAGGACUUCUACAUGAACUUGGCCGGUGAGGAGAUUUCCGAGAAGUACAAGGGUGCUAUCUGGCUUGCCGGUUCUGCUUCCGCUGAAGCCUUCGCCGAUGUCGCCCUGUGCCCUCUCGAGAUGACCAAAGUUAAGAUUCAGACCAGUCCCGCCGGCACUUUCCCUACCGCUUUCGGUGCUGCUUUGAAGGAAAUGAGCAAGCAGAAGAUCGAAACCCGUUAUCCUUUCGGUUCCCUUGUCCCUCUCUGGUCGCGUCAGAUCCCCUACACCAUGGCCAAGUUCUACUUCUUCGAAAAGACCGUCCAAUUGUUCUACACCCACGUCUUCCCUCAGCCUAAGGAAACCUACAGCAAGACCACUCAACUUGGUGUUACUUUCGCUUCUGGUUACAUCGCUGGUGUUGUUUGUGCCGUCGUCUCACACCCUGCUGAUUCCCUCGUCUCGCAACUCGGAAAGGCCGCCAACAAGGGCAAGUCAAUCGGUACCAUCGCCAGCGAAGUCGGAUUUGGAACAUUGGCCACUAAGGGUCUCGGAACUCGUGUCCUCAUGAUUGGUACUUUGACUGGCUUCCAAUGGUGGAUCUAUGACUCUUUCAAGGCAGCCAUGGGAAUGGGUACGACCGGUGGCAAGUAA